CGGGCGGCCGGGAGGCGGCGGCGGCGGCGGCGGCGGCGGCGAGAGCCCAGAGCCUGAGCCGGCCGGGGCGAGCGGAGCGAGAGGAGCGCGGCGCGGCGCGGCGGCGGCGGCGGCGGCGGCUGGGCCGGGAGAGGCUGGCGCGCCGGGCGGCCCCGCGAAUCCUCCGGCAUCCGCCCCGGCGGGCCGCCCCCGCCCGCGGCAGCCCCCCGAGCAGCGGCCCGGCACCGGCGCCUUCCCGGAGGGCGAGAGUGAAUCAUGGAGCUACGUGUGGGAAACAAGUACCGCCUGGGCCGAAAGAUCGGGAGUGGGUCCUUUGGAGACAUCUACCUGGGUGCCAACAUCGCCUCUGGUGAAGAGGUGGCCAUCAAGCUGGAGUGUGUGAAGACGAAGCACCCGCAGCUGCACAUCGAGAGCAAGUUCUACAAGAUGAUGCAGGGAGGAGUGGGGAUCCCGUCCAUCAAGUGGUGCGGGGCAGAGGGCGACUACAACGUGAUGGUCAUGGAACUGCUGGGGCCCAGCCUGGAGGACCUCUUCAACUUCUGCUCCCGCAAGUUCAGCCUCAAGACGGUGUUGCUCCUGGCRGACCAGAUGAUCAGCCGCAUCGAGUACAUCCACUCCAAGAACUUCAUCCACCGCGACGUCAAGCCCGACAACUUCCUCAUGGGCCUGGGGAAGAAGGGCAACUUGGUGUACAUCAUUGAUUUUGGCCUGGCCAAGAAGUACCGGGAUGCCCGCACCCACCAGCACAUCCCCUAYCGGGAAAACAAGAACCUGACCGGCACGGCCCGCUACGCCUCCAUCAACACGCACCUGGGCAUCGAGCAAAGCCGUCGCGAUGACCUGGAGAGUCUGGGCUACGUGCUCAUGUACUUCAACCUGGGCUCCCUGCCCUGGCAGGGUCUCAAAGCAGCCACCAAGCGCCAGAAGUAUGAGCGGAUCAGCGAGAAGAAGAUGUCAACGCCCAUUGAGGUCCUCUGCAAAGGGUACCCCUCCGAGUUCUCCACAUACCUCAACUUCUGCCGCUCCCUGCGGUUCGAUGACAAGCCCGACUACUCCUACCUGCGCCAGCUCUUCCGCAACCUCUUCCACCGGCAGGGCUUUUCCUACGACUACGUCUUCGACUGGAACAUGCUCAAAUUCGGUGCAGCCCGGAACCCCGAGGAUGUGGACCGAGAGCGGAGAGAGCACGAACGCGAGGAGAGGAUGGGGCAGCUGCGGGGGUCCACAACCCGGGCCCUUCCCCCUGGCCCACCCACGGGGGCCACUGCCAACCGGCUCCGCAGUGCUGCCGAGCCUGUGGCCUCCACCCCUGCCUCCCGCAUCCAGCAAGCUGGCAAUACUUCUCCCAGAGCGAUCUCACGGGUGGACCGGGAGAGGAAGGUGAGCAUGCGGCUGCACAGGGGCGCGCCCGCCAAYGUCUCGUCCUCAGACCUCACUGGGCGACAGGAGGUCUCCCGGAUUUCAGCCUCACAGACAAGCGUGCCAUUUGACCACCUCGGGAAGUGAGGAGAGCCAUCGCUGGACCAGUGUUUGCUUAGUGUCUUCACUGUAUUUUCUUUAAAAAAACAAAAUCAAAAAAACACAAAACAAAAAGAUGGAAAGAAAACCACUCAAAUGAACAAAAAGAAAAAACCCAGCACAAAACCGACGAUGGAUCUUGUUUCUUUGAUUUAUUUUGCCAACGGCAAAAAGAUGGAUGCCCUUAGCACUGAGGACCGUGUCCCCUUGCACUGCCCRCUGUCCCCAGCCUUCAGGCUGCCAAAUGCUCCCCAACAACACCGGCUCACACCAGCCAGAUGCCAAGGCCCCACUUCAGCCACCUGUUCCUGCCACCACCAUCCGCCUGCCGGAGGGCGCCCCUCGGUGUGGGAGAGCAGCCAGCAGGGACGCGGGAGCCCACAGCAGCAGCGGUCGGCCAGUCGAAGGCGGGUUCCACCGGGCUCCCUGAGCCUUGGAACCAAGGAGAUGCGCACAGCCCCUGUCCCUCUGAGAUGACAGUGGCCAACUUUCUGUGCUGGACUUUCCAGCGUCCCCCUGAGCUUUUGGGUCCUUCCUUUGUCUCUCCAUGAAGCCUUGAGUGAGGUGGUGGCCACUGUUGCCUUGUGUGUAUGUGUGUGUGCGCGUAUUUGACCUGUGUCCCAGAGCAGCGAUGCCCUGUCCCCACCUGCCAGGCUGAGUUUGUUAUCCCCGUGGAAGGGAUGUGGGGGUGGACAGUGGCCUCCACAUYCCUCAGGGCACAGCGGGUCCUUGCCACCACCAGUCCCCAAAUGCCAGCCUGUGGCGGUCCCAUCUUCCAUUCCUGCCUGGUCUGGGGCAGAGACUGUGGAGACUACUCCCAGCCAGCACCUGCUCUGGGUUAUCAACUACUUCUCUGGUCCUGACAGUCACCUGGGGUCCCCCUCCCCUGGGCCCUGCCUUCUGGGGAGGAGCCUGGGGUCAGGGCUAAGUGUUGGAUUUUCCAUCCUUCCUAGUUAACACCUGUUUUUGUUUUUUAUUUUAUUUUUGUUUGUUUUCUCCGUGUGUGUAUUUCCUAAUUUAUUUACCUCUGUUUCCCCUUUUUCCUUUUUUUUUUUUUAAUUAAAGAGCAAAGGUUUUUAUUACUUUGUAAUUUAAAAAAUUGAAAAAAAUACUGAAGAACUUUGGGGGGAAUUUUGUACUUUUUUCCUGUGUAAAUAUCGGACUUUUUUGAGCUUUAUUGUGGUUGUUAAUUUGAAGUAAUAAAGUAGAAGAGGAUAACGUG